UCCCGCUCCGGCAUCCCUUCCCUUCCUCUCCUCACCUCCUACGCCAAAGCAAACGUUAGAAAUACCUCCGGCCGCCAGCCGCUUUAUUUCGUAGCACCGCCGCCAGGGUCGCCGCCCCAUGGUCAUCUCGGCGGAGACGACACCACGGCGACCGGAUACCGCAGUGGCCUCGUCGGCGGCGGUGACGGAAGCUACGCCCCCUCGAGGGGAGGCGCAGGGUAGCCUCCUCCACCACUUUUCCUUCCCCAUCUUGAACACGUGGGGGAACCACAGCGCGCAACGUUGCAUGAGCGUGAACGGCAAGGAGGAGAUCGUCGCUGGUGGCGGACGGAGAUCGACGGCGUCCCCCGUGGAGACGCCAGAAUCGCGGAUCCGUGCCUCUGAGACUGGCCCCGGCGACGACCCUAGGAUAGAGGAGGUCAGGGAGAAGCUUAUGGCUCACCUUCGGGAGGCGGCGGACCGGAUGAACCUGGUGGUCCAGCUUCUGCCGAAAGGUGGGGCCGACGAGGCGGAGCCGGCGCCAGAGGCGAGGUUGGAUCCCAAGGCCGACGUGUCGGCGGUGCCGGCGGCGCUUCCCUGGAAUCUGAGGACGAGGCGAGGAGCCGCGAGGGCUCCGAUGGAAAUCCAGCGGCACCUAAGCUCGCGCCCGCAAGCGGUGUGGCGCAGGUCGGAGGACGCCGAGCGGCGGGAGCGGCCCAAGUUUUCGAUCUCGCUCACCAGAGAAGAGAUCGAGGAGGACAUAUACGCGAUGACGGGGUGCAGAGCUCCCCGGCGGCCAAGAAAGCGGGCGAAGGUCAUCCAAAACCAGCUCGACUCGUUGUUCCCCGGGUCGUGGCUGUCGGAGAUCACCGCCGACUCCUACAGGGUUCCUGAUUAGAGGUACGUGAACCUCCGGUGACUUGAUACCUACUUCUCCGCCAAACUCCCUUCACCUCUCUCUCUCUCUCUCUCUCUCUCGGGUUGCUGGCUUCAAAAUCCGCGGCCGCCGCCGUUGAUUCUAGUUCGAUCAAAAGAAAAUUCUGCUUUUUCAUUAAUGUUGCUUCUCUUAGAACGAAAAUUACUUCUUCCUUGUAAAAUUAUCGAGUUAAAUUCGAUCAACUUCUCUCGGUCAAAAUCGAAUAUAUGUCUACUGUUGCUCUCUUGCUCAUCUACAUGAGGAUUGGAAGCGGUGGUGGUCGUCGUCGUCCCCGUGACAUUUCCUGGACGUCCAUUUCUCGAGUUCCAGCGUUGCGACGUAAUGGCACUGGCUCAACGCUGUGCAUUACAGUAAGGCUGUGGUCGUGCUUACUGCAUUCUGCCAAGAAUUAGGAAUUAGCCAUAUGCUCAUAAAAAUAUGAAGGACAUGGGUCAACAACAACACACACAUCAUGCUGUUCGAGGCUGGUGAUGGAUUAAUUAUCGCACCAUGUGUUGAUUAAUGUUCAUGCGCUCAUCACAAUUUCGUCGAUCCUUUUUGACUCACUGAAUCAUGAUAGCAUCACCACAUCUGGUGAGGGAAAAAAGAAGCGUGUUUUAUCAUGAGUUUUUGCGAGUUGACUCGCUGACUCGGUCAAACCCCACGCGACUCGUCUCGUCUCGUCGCAGAAGAUACGCAGAUCGGAUGCAGUGCAAUGUUCUCCCCUGAAGUCAACAUAUGGACUUCACGCAUGCACGGAGUCAGUCGGGUGGCUUCUCCGAGUCAGGACCGAGUCCACGGCCAUGGCGCUUGGGCCCUUAUUAAUAGAAGACGUCUUCAACGAGCUCGACCUGGCCGCCACAUGGCCCUCGGCAUCGUAAACCCGCGCGUCACUGUCAUCUCCGCCGUAUCCCGCGACGGAGUGAGAGAAGACGGCGGGUCUCGAUGCGAUCCUGGUCACGGACGAGGAGGGGAAGGGACACCCAUCCAACUAGUAUAAAGGAGACGGCGGCGCCGAGCGAGAGAAGUAGAUCCAGCGUUCGGCGCCAGUCCCGGCGGGGCUCGAGCCAGGGAGGAGACGAGGCGGCGGCGU